CCGCGUCGUUCUUUUCCCUCAGAUCUAAAAUCCCAUUCGAAGCUUUUUCCAGUUUCAUAGUAUGUCGUAGUAGUCUAAGAACACCAUCUUUGGAUACUACGAGACUGUGGGCAUAUACAAUCAGAUAGAGCAAAGCCGACAACAUGGGGUUCCAGGAAAAUGGGAACGGCGAAAUGGGGCUCUCUGGAAUCCCCUUGGGUGCAAAGAACAAGUACAAGAGGAUGCACUCCGAGCUUCAUGAGGACUCCGACGAUGUUUUGCACCAACAAUAUCAGCAAGAUAGGAGGACUAGUACCAGGAAUUAUGUUCUUGCCUGUGCCGUCUUUGCUUCCCUCAACAAUGUCCUUCUGGGCUAUGAUGUAGGCGUCAUGAGUGGAGCAAUUAUAUUUAUCAAAGAAGAUCUGAAGAUAUCUGAGGUGAAAGUAGAAUUUCUGGUUGGUAUUCUGAGCAUUGUUUCUCUUCUGGGUAGUCUGGGUGGUGGAAGAACAUCUGAUAUUAUUGGCAGAAAAUGGACGAUGGCCUUAGCUGCUGUUGUCUUUCAAACAGGCGCACUUAUUAUGACUCUAGCUCCUUCCUUUCCAAUACUUCUGGUAGGAAGACUUUUAGCCGGUAUCGGGAUAGGUUUUGGAGUUAUGAUAUCCCCAAUAUAUAUCGCCGAGAUAUCACCAAACGUCACUAGAGGCACUAUGACUAGCUUCCCUGAGAUUUUUAUAAACGUUGGAAUUUUGCUUGGCUAUGUGUCAAAUUAUGCGUUCGCUGGCCUUUCACCGCACAUAAAUUGGAGGAUAAUGCUUGCUGUGGGAAUACUGCCCUCAGUCUUCAUCGGCUUUGCUCUCUUUGUCAUUCCAGAGUCACCAAGGUGGUUGGUGAUAAAGAACCGAAUAGAAGAAGCAAGAGAAGUGCUGUUAAGGACAAAUGAAGAUGAGAAAGAAGUGGAGGAGAGACUCGCAGAAAUACAGCAGGCUGCUGAAUUUGCUAAUUCUGAUCACGAGAAACCUGUGUGGCGUGAACUACUAUCUCCUCCUCCUCCCCUUCGUCGGAUGCUCAUUACCGGGAUUGGUAUUCAAUGUUUUCAACAAAUAUCAGGAAUAGAUGCAACCGUGUACUACAGUCCUGAAAUCUUCAAAGCAGCUGGUAUUGAGGAUAAUGCAAAACUUCUAGCAGCUACUGUUGCUGUAGGUAUAACAAAGACCAUCUUUAUAUUGGUAGCCAUCAUUCUUAUUGACAAACUUGGAAGGAAGCCCUUGCUCUACACAAGCACAAUUGGCAUGACAGUGUGCUUGUUCAUCUUAGGGGUCAGUCUUUCUUUCAUCGGAAAAGGAUCACUUGUGAUUGUGAUGGCAAUUCUCUUUGUCUGUGGGAAUGUGGCUUUCUUUUCUAUUGGAUUAGGACCUGUUUGCUGGGUCGUGUCAUCUGAGAUCUUCCCUCUAAGAGUACGUGCUCAAGCAUCAGCGCUUGGUGCUGUGGGUAAUAGAAUCUGCAGUGGCAUUGUAGCUAUGUCUUUUCUGUCUAUUGCCAACGCAAUUGGUUUUGGCGGAAUAUUCUUUCUGUUUGCUGUUAUUUCUGCUAUUGCUGUUGCCUUUGUCCACAUGUUGGUCCCAGAGACAAAAGGAAAGUCACUGGAGCAGAUAGAGUUGCUGUUUCAGAAGGAAUAUGAGGGGCAACGGAAUGAAAUGGAGCUAGGAGAUGUUGAACAGCUUGUGCGGAACAAAACUGGUUCAACAAAUUAAUACUUUUUUCCCCCCAGCUGCAACUUUACGCACGGCAUGGCCCUUUGAUGGGCUUGAAAGAGGAUGUGAUAUCAUCAGAUGUUAUAUCCAAGCAUCUUCCAUUCGCAAUUCCGGCAAGAACUUUGCUGGAUAGAUGAUCAUCUGCAGACUGAGAAUAUUGAGUUUACAAGGGACAAAAAGAAACCUGAAAAGUGAUCAACAAACUGCUAUCUUUAGGCAUACACAAACUUUUCCCAGUCGCACAAUCAUUUUUAUUUCUUUGAUCUACAAAUAUAUCUAUAAUCGCUGUAUAUGUAUUUGGCUUUAGGCGGAUCUGUUGAGAUGUUCUGUGACAUAUAAUAGCAAAAUAAUUUGUACGUACUUCAUUAAGGGAUGAAAUGAAAAUUGAUAUUCUUUAUAUUAUUCCUGAUAUAUCGGUUUCUGCC